UUGUUUCUAUGGCAACAGGCUGGAGGCAGAACCAGUCCUCCUUGGCAUCCCCUCUCAAAGCCGCCACACUGCGUCACACCCUGAGUGGAAUGGAGGACUGCACGGACAAAAAAGCCAAUGGGGAGUACAUCGGAGAGAUAAAGGGCGGUCUGCGGCCUUCCAUGAAGCUGGUGGUGAUGGGAAUCGUGGAUAAGAAACCCAAGAGCAUGGAAGUGGUGGUGUCCAGUAAGCCGCAGAGAGACGAAGAUGAGGAGGAGUCGGAGUCGGAGGAGCGAGAGGGCGACGUGGGUCUCCAGUUGAAGGUCAGCUUCCCGGACAAGGCCGUGCAGCGUAACGCCCGAUUGGCUGGGAAGUGGGGUCGUGCUGAAAACAUCCUCUCCUUCUUCCCGUUUGCACCCGGAGAGCCCUUUAAGAUGGAGAUCGUUUGCGAGCACCAGCAGUUUCGCAUCCUGGUGGACGGCCAGCCUCUGUGCGGCUUCAGCCAUCGUCUUCCUCAGCUGGACAGCCUCACCGCCUUGCGGGUCUUUGGGGACGUGCACCUCACCAAGGUGGCGUGAUGGGCUGGAGGUGUGGGGGAUUCAUGAGCUUUGUCGUGUUUGGAAUCACGCAAAGUGCCUUCAACGUGCUGACUCGUCAAUAUUCUAUAUUCUUCCAUACAUUUCAUACUGCAGUCUUAUUUUGAAAUCAUACGAGCAUCUCCUCCUGCUUUUAUUCUCCUUCCUCAGCCACCACUAAAGUAGAAGGACAUUAUUCACAUUGAUGUCACAUUCAUAUUCAUAUUCAUGCUCAGUUCUCAUGAGAAUAAAAUGUGAUUUAACUCUGUAUAUGUUCCCUGUAAAGCGUCAUAAUAUUUGCACUUUAUUUAAGUAUUUUCAAUAUUUUUUCUGGGAAUAUUCCAACUACAUUCUCAUAUUUCAACUAUGUUCUCAUCAUAUUUUUAUUUUACACUCCUAAAAUUGGGACUUUUUUUCUCCUAACAUUACCACAUAAAUCCUAAAAUAUUCCUUUUAUUCUCAUAUAAUGACCUUUUUUACCUCAUAAAGCGUCAUAAUAUUUUGACUGUAUUCUCAUCAAAGUAGGAAUAUUCCAACUCCAUUCUCAUAUUUUUAUUUUACUCCCCUAAAAUUGGGACUUUUUUUCUCCUAACAUUACAACAUGAAUCCUAAAAUAUUCCCAUUUUAUUCUCAUACAAUGACAAUUUUUUUUCGCAUAAUAUUCCCCAUAAAGCGUCAUAAUAUUUGGACUUUAUUUAAGUAUUUUCAAUAUUUUUCUGGGAAUAUUCCAACUACAUUCUCAUCAUAUUUUUAUUUUAUCCCCCUAAAAUUGGGACUUUUUUUCCCUAACAUUACAACAUGAAUCCUGAAAUAUUCCCAUUUUAUUCUCAUACAAUGACAACCUUUUUUUCCCAUAAUAUUCCCCAAAAAGCGUCAUAAUAUUUGCACUUUAUUUAAGUAUAUUCAAUAUUUUUCUGGGAAUAUUCCAACUACAUUCUCAUCAUAUUUUUACUUUAUUCCAAUAAAAUUGGGACUUUUUUUCCUCCUAACAUGACAACAUGAAUCCUGAAAUAUUCCCAUUUUAUUCUCAAACUUUUUUUUUGCAUAAUAUUCCCCAUAAAGCGUCAUAAUAUUUGCACUUUAUUUAAGUAAAUUCAAUAUUUUUUGGGAAUAUUCCAACUACAUUCUUAUCAUAUUUUUAUUUUUUUAUUUUUUUUAUUUUAUUUAUUUUCUCAUAAAUACUCAUAAUUAUCAUAUAUUCUAUAUUAUUAUUCACAUAAAUGCAGGAUUUUAUCACCACAUAAUACCCUUCCUAAAAAAUCUUGUCUCAUAAAAUUAAAACUUUUAUUAUUUUUUCUUGUAACAUUCCCAACAAAUUCUCAUCCAACAUUAAUUCCCACUUUAUUCUCGUAUAAUAACUUUUUUUGUUCAUAAUAUUCCCCAUAAAGCGUCAUAAUAUUUGGACUUUAUUCUAUUAUUAUAUAUUAUUAUUAUAUAGUAUUUUCAAUGUCUUUUUUCUGGAAAUAUUUCAACCACAUUCUCAUAUUUUUAUUUUACCCCCCUAAAAUUGGGACUUUUUUUCUACUAACAUUACAACAUGAAUCCUAAAAUAUUCCCAUUUUAUUCUCAUACGAUGACAUUUUUUUCCCUCAUAAUAUUCCCCAUAAAGCGUCAUAAUAUUUUGAUUUUUUUCUCAUCAAAUGACUUCUUUUUCUAGCAAUAUCCCCACGAUUGGCAUAAAAUGAUACAUCUCCUAAAAUGAAGAUUUGUUUUUUCUCAUAAAUACUCAUAAUUAUCAUAUAUUCUAUAUUAUUAUUCACAUAAAUGCAGGAUUUUAUCACCACAUAAUACCCUUCCUAAAAAAUUUUGUCUCAUAAAAUUAAAACUUUUAUUAUUUUUUUCUUGUAACAUUCCCACCAAAUUCUCAUCCAACAUUAAUUCCCACUUUAUUCUCGUAUAAUAACUUUUUUUGUUCAUAAUAUUCCCCAUAAAGCGUCAUAAUAUUUGGACUUUAUUCUCAUCAAAGUAUUUUCAAUAUUUUUUUUCUGGAAAUAUUCCAACUACAUUCUCAUAUUUUUAUUUUAUCCCCCUAAAAUUGGGACUUUUUUUCUACUAACAUUACAACAUGAAUCCUAAAAUAUUCCCAUUUUAUUCUCAAACAAUGACAACUUUUUUUUCGCAUAAUAUUCCCCAUAAAGCGUCAUAAUAUUUGCACUUUAUUUAAGUAUAUUCAAUAUUUUUCUGGGAAUAUUCCAACUACAUUCUCAUCAUAUUUUUAUUUUAUCCCCCUAAAAUUGGGACUUUUUUUCCCCUAACAUUACAACAUGAAUCCUGAAAUAUUCCCAUUUUAUUCUCAUACAAUGACAUUUUUUUCCUCAUAAUAUUUUGAUUUUUUUCUCAUCAAAUGACUUCUUUUUCUAGCAAUAUCCCCACGAUUGGCAUAAAAUGAUCUAUCUCCUAAAAAGGAAGAUUUGUUUUUCUCCUAAAUACUCAUAAUUAUCAUAUAUUCUAUAUUAUUAUUCACAUAAAAGCAGGAUUUUAUCACCACAUAAUACCCUUCCUCAAAAAUCCUGUCUCAUAAAAUUUUUUCUUGUAACAUUCCCACCAAAUUCUCAUCCAACAUUAAUUCCCACUUUCUUCUUGUAUAAUAACUUUUUUCCUUCAUAAUAUUCCCCAUAAAGCGUAAUAAUAUUUGGACUUUAUUCUCAUCUCAUGACGUGUUUUUGUAAUAAUAUUCUGACCUAAUUGCCAUAAAAUGAUCCAUCUCCUAA